CUAGGGAAAUCUGGUCAGCCUAAGUUUGAAUCAAUUUGAAUUUUGGACCCCUGUGACACAAACUUUGCACCCUGAUUGACUGUAAAACAACCCUUUUUUUUUUUCCUAUGGAUGUGAGCUUCAGGUUCUAUGCAGUGGAUUUGCUGAACUGAAUCAGUUUGUCGCUGGAUGGCAGAAGUCGCCUGUGAAUAGGAAAAGAUGUCGGAAGGUCCAGCUGUGAGGGAAACGGACUGAUUCCAACCAGUUAGCUUAGCAUUAAAGCAACCUGGAUAGCAACAGCGACCUGUCAUAAAGGAUUAGCAUAACGUUAGCAAACAAACGAGCGCGAGCUGAGUGUUUACCUGAGGAAGCUUCAUUACACCUAGCAUAGCUAGCGGUUGCUAUGAAGCUGGCUAACUGUAGCGCAGAACGCUAUGUUUAAUUUAGGUUACAACAAUGACUAUCUGUAUUUUUAAACUGACAUUUUUCCUAAAUUACAACCAACCAACCAGUGAGUGUAAAUCAGGUCUCAGUAUGAUAAGACGUUAGAAUUUACAGUUUUGCUUUUUUUUUUUUAUUAGUAGUCCAACGAAAGUGCUAGCAGCUGAAGGAUUGUAGUCCACACCGGCCGCUCCUCCUCCUCCACUGAGAGCUGGAGCGAGUUUGGGGUUUAUAUUCAGGUUUGGUUUUGUGUGCCGGGGAGAUGAACAGAAGACCUUUAAAGAAAAGACUCCGAGCUCAGUAAGGACCUGCUGACUACAUGAGAAUGAGCCAUGGUCCAUCUCAACACGUUCAAUGCAGUGAGGAGAAAGAUCUUUAACAGCUCAGAGUGGCUCCAGUGCAGAAGAAGAGCAGGAUUGCUUGCAGCCCACCAACACUGCCGAGCUGCUUUCUCCUCAGCAGGACAGGAAUGCCUCAUCCACUGCGGCUUGUUGGAGAUUAUUCAACACACAAUCCAUGCUGGGGUUGUUUUUUUAAAUAGGCUAGAAAAGAGACUGUUUGUUUGUUUUUGAUCUGAAAGCAGCAGAACAUUUUCCAUAAAACGUGAUUUAAGAUGACGAUGGAAAACUCGACCAUUAAAAAUCGGAUUAAAAACCUGCUCCGAUCUCCUUCCAUCAAACUGAGGAGAAAUAAACCACGGGGCAACAAGGAAAACCUGGGAAAUAAGGUGACUCUUGAAAAGGUUUUGGGAAUUACUGCUGCAGGAAACCGUGCCUUGGCCUGUGAUCCUCACUCGGGUUUGGUAGCAUACCCUGCAGGGUGUGUGGUGGUGCUUCUGAACCCCAAGAAGAACAAACAGUAUCAUAUUCUCAACAACUCAAGGAAAACAAUCACCACUCUAUCUUUCUCACCAGAUGGCAAAUAUGUGGUCACGGGAGAGAGUGGUCAUAUGCCAGCAGUGCGUGUGUGGGAUGUGGUGGCAAGAACUCCUGUAGCAGAACUACAGGAGCACAAGUAUGGUGUGGCCUGCGUAGCCUUCUCCCCCAACAGCAAGUACAUCGUCAGUGUGGGCUACCAGCAUGACAUGAUUGUCAACGUCUGGGCCUGGAAGAAAAAUGUACUGGUGGCCGCCAACAAAGUCUCCAGUAAAGUGACGGCCGUGUCAUUUUCAGAUGACAGCUCCUACUUUGUCACAGCAGGAAACAGACAUGUCAAGUUUUGGUACCUGGACCAUACCAAGGCCUCCAAGGUCAAUGCCACAGUGCCCUUACUAGGUCGUUCUGGGUUGCUGGGUGAGCUCAGGAAUAACUUCUUCAGUGAUGUGGCUUGUGGCAAGGGCCGGAAGUCCAGCAGCACUUUCUGCAUCACCUCCUCAGGCCUCCUGUGUGAGUUCAAUGACAAGAGGCUGCUGGACAAGUGGAUGGAGCUCAGGACUGGCUUAGCCACUGCACUGUCUGUCACUGAGGAUCUGAUAUUCUGUGGCUGUGCUGAUGGAACUGUGCGAGCUUUCAACCCAGUCAACCUGCACUUCAUCUGCACUCUGCCUCGCCCACACAGCCUGGGCACUGACAUCGCCACAGUCACUGAUGCCAGCCACCUCUUUGCAUACAAAUUGGAUGCUCGGUACCCUGACACAGUGGCUGUGUCUUAUGAUCCCACUAACCGCUGGCUGUCCUGUGUUUACAAUGAUCAUAGCCUGUAUGUCUGGGAUGUUCGUGACCUUCACAAAGUGGGAAAAGUUUACUCUGCCCUGUAUCACUCUUCGUGUGUGUGGAGUGUGGAGAUGUGCCCACAGAGCAGUGAGACAGAGCAGUCUUGUCUCACUCCGGGAUCCUUCCUUAGCUGCUCUUCUGACAACACCAUCCGCCUUUGGAGCACAGAUGGAUACAGUGCCACAGUCAAGCGCAACGUCAUCAGCAACGACCUCCAAAAAAUUAUUUAUAUAGACAAUAAUGUUGCAGCUUUGUUGGACCCAGACUGUACUGUCUCCAGCAAUUCGGAGAAAGCCGAUCCACAGACCUCUGAGAACAGGACUGGCAUUAGGACCAUGUGUGUCAGCCCAGACGGUCAGCACCUGGCAUCAGGGGACCGCAAUGGAAUACUAAGAAUCCAUGAGCUACUGAGCAUGGAGGAGAUUCUGAAUGUUCAGGCCCACGACUCGGAGAUCCUGUGUCUGGAGUAUUCAAAGCCUGAGACAGGCUUGAGGCUGUUGGCCACAGCGAGCAGAGACAGGCUUAUCCAUGUUCUUGAUGCUCAGUGCGAGUAUGGCCUGGUGCAGACACUUGACGAACAUUCUUCCUCCAUCACUGCAGUGCGGUUUGCUGCAAAUGAUGGUAAAAUCAGAAUGAUCAGUUGUGGUGCUGACAAAAGUAUCUACUUCCGCACAGCACAUAAGACAGAUGAAGGAAUCCUGUUUACACGCACCCACCAUAUUGUGAGGAAGACUACUCUGUACGAUAUGGAUAUUGACCCCCUGCGCAAGUACGCUGCUAUUGGCUGCCAGGACCGCAGCAUCAGGAUCUUUAACAUUAGCAAUGGCAAACAGAAGAAAAUAUACAAGGGCUCUCAGGGGGAGGAUGGCACUCUCAUUAAGGUCCAGAUGGAUCCAUCUGGGAUGUAUGUGGCUACCAGCUGCUCAGACAAAAACAUAAAUAUUUUUGACUUCUACACUGGGGAGUGUGUAGCCACCAUGUUUGGGCACUCCGAGAUCGUCACUGGGAUGAAGUUUACCAAUGAUUGCAAGCAUCUGAUAUCAGUGUCAGGGGACAGCUGCAUCUUUGUGUGGAGGCUGAAUCCAGAGCUGACCAUCAGUAUGAGACAAAGACUUUCUGAUCUUAAACAAAAGAGCAAACCUGUACAGAAAAGUCCCCCUACCAAACAUCAUCCAGUCAGCACUAGGAGAGAGGUGCACAGUGCUCCAGCUAUACGCACCAUGUCCUCAGACAGUGAUAAAGAGCCCGAGGAAGAGGAGGGUAUCGAAGAUGAGGAUGAAUACAACUUUCCACACCUAUGUUCUGGCAGCAGCAGCACAGAAGAGACUGGAUCGUCCGAGGAGAAACAGGACUCUAUCCGACAGAUGAGAAAGAUUUCUGACAGCAGUGCGGCAUGUGAGAACUCUGGCCCAAGUCAAAGGCGGCGCUGGUCCAGGCGAAUGGGCAGCACGAAUUUGGUGGUGAAGUCUAUGCUGGACUUGAGGCAGCUGGAGUCCUUUGCCAAAUCCUCUGUUGUGAACCGAGAGCCUGCGCUGCAUCCAGAUAUGGAUCUUGGCAGUACAGUCAGCCUACAGACGAUCGCUGGAUGGGUGGAGGAACCUGAACUGCAGGUCUCGUCUGUCCCAAGAGGACAUGGACGUCCUCAUUACAUCCCUCUGUCGCCUCAGGUGCCAGACACAGAGGCUGUGGUGCUGUACCCUGAGGGCUGUGAGGACAGAGUGAGCCUGGCAGGCAGUGAGUAUCAGGUCAAGGAAUUAGCCCAUGGUGUGAGGUUGCCUAAAGGAAACUCCUGUCCUGAGAAGCAGAGCCCUGACAGUGCGUGCUCAAUGGAUUAUUCCAACAGCCAUCUUUCCAGCCCAGAUCAGCCUGGAGAAGACUCUGAACCAACUGAGCCACUGAGCGUGGAUGGAAACUCAUCAGAGCUGGACAUGGAAGACCUAGAAGAGGAAGAGGAGGAAAGCCUGAGGAAGACUGAUACCUCUAGCUCUAUGCCUAAGGCUCCAGACCAAGAAGCCUUCCUCAAAAAAAACUUUGCGAACUUGUCAGACUUCAGCACCUCAGGAAGCCCAGCUUCUUCUCAGCCAACAAUCACUGACACUGUCAGUAUCUCAUCAAAGUUCCUCACUGGUUCCACUGGCUGCAGGCAGGCAUUUGUUUCCCCUUCAUGCAAAACUACUGAGAAUCAGGUUGCCAGUGAAUUGGUGCAUCCCCUGGUUUCUGAAGUGCACCCUCUUAUGGCGGACAGAAAACAGUGUGCCCUGCAAGAACUUGAGAGGCCUUCAGUUCUGCACUUAAAUCCUGCAAAGAAACGCAUCCCUGUAGAAAUUUCUGCUGAUUCUCUGGCUUCCUCAACUGGCAUGAGGAAAGCCCAGUCCAUCCACAACAUCGCUUCAGAGGCUGAUAUGCCUCAGACAUCUACACGUCCUUCUAAGGAGGUUCUCCCUCAGCACCAGCAUUACGAGCGUGCUCUACCAUCCACACUGCGCCGCACACUUCCCACUGUGCCUCUCUCCAGCCCAACAUCUACCCAGCCCAGGGACUGCCCUACACCCACCAAGUCCAAGCCACGCUCAUACAUGAGCCCCACCACCAGUUCCAAAGCAAAGAUGUCACGCUCCAUGUCCAUGGGGGACAGCCUGAACGUGAGUGAGCUCAGUGAAGCACCUGCAGGCUUCGACACCAACCGAGGCUCAGGAUCAGACACUUCCAACCUUCGCAAUGCUUCUCGCAGCAAGCCCUCGUCUCCAGUAGUCCCACUACCCUCUUCAUUUAUUGGCUCUCCCUCCCGUGGUGCUGUUAUACCCACCAUUAGUGGUGCCUCCACUCCUAACUCUUCUUCUAAAAGCAUCCAGGCCAAAUCACCCGGUAGCACCCGUCCACAACUACACCUUGACAUCACCAAACCUCUUCCAGAUAAGCUCUCCAUGGCCUCCUUCUCUCCUAACAGCAAGAUUACAAAGCUUGAUCACAAGGAAGAUUUUGGUAACAGGACUCCAGUAAGUGUACCCCCCCUGCCAGGACCAGAGCAGUCUCAUUCCAGUAACAUGCAGCCUAUUACAUGCUCAGUCCCUACUGAACCCAAGCCACCAGAGCAACAGGAGCUCAAUACUGAUCAGUCUGAAGAGCCGGAGAAGAUCCAGGGAAAAGAUACAGAGCUGGAGGAGACUCAGACCAAGCAAUCAUAUCAGAAUCAGGGCAGCACAGUUUGUCUGCAGGCAGCCAGUCAAGCCCAGGAUUCAGAUGCAUCUCUCAGUAUGGCAUCAUGCAGACUUGCAGCUAGUGAACUUCAAAGCAGUUUUAAAAAAGCCUGCCAGUUCUACAGGAUGCUGAGCAGUUCCAUAGACGAGAGGCAAGAGCAUCAGGAGAUGGCUAAAGUGCUAACUGAGGCGUUUGAGGCAGUACAGGCUGAGUUGAACUCAUUGCCACAUUAUAUAGAAAGCCGCAGCAGCAGCUCGGUGUGUGCGCUGGGCAGUGGGGCAGGUGGUGUGGGCGAGGAACGAACAUUGGCACUGCUGGAGCAAUAUUCACAGCUUCUCCUCAGAGCAGUGGAGAAGAGAAUGGACAGCAAAAGCUGACAUGCACCUCUUUCGUCUUAUUAGAUCGUACAGGCUGAGGCCGGAUCCCAAGCCAUGACUGCGCAGCAGCAGAUUCUUUUAAUUGAGUUUUUUUUUUUUUUUUAAAUAAGCAGAUUUUUUAAAUAACUCACAAAUGAUUGGGGUGUGGAAGUCCCUUCCUUUUGCUUAAACACUACCAGCACAGAUGGACAGGCUCAGUCAGACAGGCAUGGCCAUAUUGCACUAUAGACUGUAAUCUCAUCGGCCUACCUCCCUUUUUUUAGUGUGCUAUUACAGCAACCGUACACUCUACACUUCACCUCAUUGCCAAAUAAGGUGCCCUUUUACCCUUUAUUUGUAUACUGUACCUGGAUUUUUGUGUAUAGGAACAAUUAGUGAAAAAAUGGACUUUAUUGUUCUCAAGGAGGUGAGAUCUGAGCAUUGCAUGGCUCAUAACAGAGUAAAAAUGAGAAAUGGACUCGCACAGCUCCAGUUUGGCCAUCACCAAGAUGGAGAUUAACUUAUUUUAUCGAUCCUCAAGAAAAUGUGAACUUUUUUUUUUCAGAACUUAACUUUCAACCUUUCUAUCUCUUUUUGAGAUAAUCCAGAUGUUUGCUCAUUUAUAUCUUCCACCAUGGAGUGCUUUUUAUCCAGUAUGAUGAUGUUGCAGAUGUGUCACUCUAUUUAUUCUAACGCCAUUGGUCAAUAACGGCGGUUACACGUCUACAGACAGUGUGCCGUACAGUGAAUGUGUUUUCAUCCAGGAUACCCUUAAUGCCAGUACAUUUCCAGAGGGGAGGAUCUGGAAUGACAGCAUCCAAAUCUCAUGCAUGAACCUUGACAAUUUUGUACAUUUUGGAAUAUUGACACUGUCGGUGUCUCAAGAGACCGGGUGCCUUAUCUUGUAACCAGCAAAUCUCUGGCAUUUAUAAUUCAAAAAUUUGCUUUUGAUGGGAUGCUGUCUCCCUCAAUGUAAAAUACUCCAGUAGAUCAGAUUCAACUGCCACAGAAAUACAAUAGAAUAGGACAGAAUUACAAACGGAAUGUUGCAUAUAUUAAUAAAAAAAAGGUAAAAUUAAAUGUACGUUGAGGAAUUUACAUUUAAUUUGCUCUCAGUUCCUUAAUUUUGGAUUAAACCUAGAUGUUAGUGUUUUUCAUAAAUAUAUACUUUAUGAAAUACUCAUUCACGUUCCUGUACCUUUUCUUAAAGCUAACACUGAUGUACAGUAAAGCACUUUGUUUUCUAAAGUAAUACCAUUGUAAUACCACAAGAAUACUGUGUUUGUGUUCGUUGUCUGUCUGCUGUAUAUUCAGACUCUUCUCAUACUGUUACAGAACAUGGUGCUUGUGCUCAGUACAGCCAAGUUGUGCUAACCAGUUUAAUACAACUUACAAGUUACUGGAUGCCCAAAACAAAUUUUUUAUGAUCCUCCAUCCCAAAUAGUGCAGCAGAUAACAUAAUAUUUCAGAGGAAUCUUUCAAAUUGUGAUACAAGCACCAAAUUCGGCACAGAUACUCCUUAGACAUUAUUCUUUUGAAAAAGUACGCGGGCCACUUGAAAUUCAAGAUGGCUGCCCAUUUUAAAGCUGGCCGCCAUGUCCAGUACAGAAAUAUAUCGUUUUGCCAUAACUAUGCACAGACUUGUCCGAUAUGAAUGAUUCUGGCAUCAAAUUAUACAUUUUUGACCAUGUAGAAUCCAAAUCUGGGAGAAUAAAAUCACUCAGAAGCUUACUUUUGCCUUAUUCUUGGCCUUUUGUAAAAUAGUCCGCUAACAUAGCUAGCAUGCAUGUUUGUAUAGACU